CCCACCCUACUCCUAGUCGCCUUCUUCCUCCAUCCCUAGCUAGGUAGCUCCUCCAUCGUAUAUUUACACGACGAGACGGCGGCGCUACUGCUCUGUGCAUGCAUGCAUAUGUGCAGUCAGGCGGGGACACCGAUGGAAGACGACGACGCGAGCGGGAUCAUUCUCUACUGCGACGAAGACCCUUUCGCCGACGACUCGACGCCAAUUCCACCACCGGCAGCAUCAUCCGUCGACGUUGACGAUGUGCAGCAGGUGGUUGAUCUGGCCAAGGAGUACAAGGCCAGGGAGCGGUGCUAUGCGCCCGUGGGGUCGUCUGCCUACAUCCGCCGUCUCCUACACGACCAUCAUCAGCACGGCGGGGUGUCAAGCGCUAGGACCAAAGCCGUCCACUACAUCAUCUACGCAUUUAGCCGGUUGGGAUUGGCAGCGGCGUCGGCGUUCAACGCAGUCAACUAUCUGGACCGCUUCUUGUCCAUCAACUGCCAUCUGAGUUGGGAGGUAUGGAUGGUGGAACUGGUGAGCGUGGCGUGCCUGUCGGUUGCAUGCAAGCUGGACGAGGUCACCAUACCAUCCCUCCACGAUCUACAGAUGGAGGAGGUGACGAGUCAUUCGUUCCGGGCGUCGACCAUCCGGGACAUGGAGCUGACGCUGCUCAAGGCGCUCCAAUGGCGGUUGUCCUGCGUCACCCCAUACUCCUACCUCGACCUCCUCCCACUUCCCACCACCACCGCUGCCGCCAAUCGAUCUCGUUGCAUCCGCCUCCUCCUCCGAUCCCUCUCCGAGCCCUCGUUUCUCCGAUUUGACGCCUCUGUGGUUGCCGCCGCUGCACUCAGGUGUGUGGCCCUACUGCAGGAUCAUGCCCAUCUCAUUAUCCCUCCACUCUGUCGAUUGGGCGAUGAGUCUGACGAGUGCUUCAAGAUGAUGAAAGCACUUGAAACAAGCGUGGGUCAUCAUCAUCACAAGUACAGUACUGCCGACCAGCUGCAGGGGAGCCCGAUUUCAGUGAUUGCAUUCGAGAGCACUGACCGUGACAGUACAGUUAACAGCAGGUCAGCACUCAGUCGGCGCCUAUUUGGCACACCAACAACACUGGACCCAUGAAGAUAGAUAAACCCUACACACAUAUACAGGAGAUGCGUGCAGAGUGACCUCACACAAGAGUAACAACUGAUCAAAUUAGUUAAGCUCAUUAAUACCAUUGAUUGUUAGUACGUACCAUUUCUCAACUGUGAUGUAGCUAAUCCUGCAAAGUAACUUACCGUGUACAUGUUCUUCAAUUCGUUAUGUAUGUAC